CGGGGGUCCGGCGGCCAAAGGAGCCCGCGGAGCCGGGCUGGGCGGUGCAGUAUUAAUUUGCUGAUAUUCAGUGAUAAGGUGGCUGCAGAGUGGGGGAGUGUUGGAGUUCCAGGCAACUUCUGUCCUUCCAGCCCUGGGUUUAGUUACAGGUGGAAGGCAGGUCUUUGAAACACAGGAUGGCUGCUCAGCAGCUACUCAAGCAAAAGAAAAAGCCCCCUAAGGAAGCAGUGCUGUUCCCUGAGAGCAUCACCACGGAGCAGCAGUCCCUGGUGCUGGUGAAAAGGCUCCUGGCCAUCUCUGUGUCCUGCAUAACCUACAUGAGGGGGCUGUUCCCAGAGAGCUCCUAUGGCACUCGCUAUCUGGAUGACCUCUGUCUAAAAAUUCUCCGAGAAGAUAAAAGCUGUCUGGGAUCAUUGCAGAUAGUCAAGUGGAUUCAAGGUUGUUUUGAUGCUUUGGAGAAGCAGUAUGCUCAGAAUUUAUCCCUUUUUUUCCCCCUUAAUUCACCACAUAAGCUACACGUGGCUGUCCUUGCAAUUUACACCAAUCCCGAGACAGUCACUGAAAUGUAUCAAUUCAAAUUCAAGUACAAAAACAAGGUGCCCCAGAUGGACAUCAGCAGCAACCACAGGGAGUUUGUGGCUGGGCUGUGCAGCAAGGAUGUCAAACAGGCCAGCAGGCUCCUGCUCAGGACCCUGUACCUGCUCAUGCAGGACCUGGGGCCACUGCCCAAUGACAUCACCCUGAGCAUGAAACUCCUCUACUACAACCAUGUCACUCCCAAGGAUUACCAGCCCCCUGGCUUCAAGGAAGAUGGCUGCCCUGGUGACCUCUUGUUUGCUGGGGAUCCCAUCAACCUGAAAGUGGGCUCAGUCUCCACUGAUUUCCACCUCAUGAAAGUCAGAGUGACAACUGAGAAGAAGAGGGUUAAGAAGGCUGACAGCACCCUGAUCCAGAAGAAUGGCCCUACUGAGAUCUCCCACCAAGGGCUGGACUGUGAGGAAGAUGAGGAGGAGGAGGAGUGCACAAAGAAUCACCCUUGCCCUGUCAGAGCAGAUUCAAAUGAGCAUGAAGGGGACAAAAGUGACACCCAUCCAGGUAGCAAGAAGAAGAGAGGAAUCAAGGAGACAGAGAGGAUGCCUUACUCAAGGGCGUGUCAGGAGAUAAACCUCAUGAACCUUGCCUUCAGCCAGGAAGAGGUAAUAGGACCCGAGAAGAAAAGGAAGGUCAGUGAACCAGAGAAGCUGCCUCUGAACAACAGGGAGUUAUGUUCGUUCUGACACACAAUACUUCUGGAAGGUGUGAGUUUGCAUUGUCGUCUGACUGGUACAGACCAACGUUUAACUUUUCCCCAUCCCACGUGUAUUUCUGCAUGUUUAGUUGUCUCAUGAAAACUCUGGAUUGCCAAGAGACAGCAAGCACCAGAACUGCCGUGGCCUUGCCAACCAGCUGCACUUGUUUGAUGUUCUUAAGCUGUGAAUUUACCAUUCCACAUGAACAGUGUCUGUGUGCUUCUUUCUGCCUCUCUCCCUUACGUCCCCUGCCCCUCACUGAAUAAAUCCCCUCCUCUGGGGCUGGACUGUCCUUUGCCACUCUGUCACCCUGAUUUAAUGGCAUUAUUUCCAGAUGAACUCUGAGGUAUCAAUGCCAGCAAGCAGCAUGUCUCAUGAUCCACCACAUUGUGCUUAACUUCAUUCUUUCUGCUGUUUCCUGGAGCUUAAGAUUUUUUUUCAGAGGAGGGGUCUUAUCUCUAUUGUGUGCAGAGAUAAACUAAUCUGUACACAUUUUCUGCUGGUGCUGGAUAUUUAGGUCUUUCUUCAGACUCUGUGAGUAGUGUUGCCAUGACUGUAUUAUCAGCUUAUUUCUAAGUCAGCACCCCACCAUGUGCCGCGGGGCUCAGCACUGUGUGAUAUAAAUUGUGUUGCAAUACACCCAGUUUAGAACCAGCUGGAAGAAAGUUACCUGGUGGCUGCAAAUACAGGUAAGGGGAGCAAUACAUGACAGGUGUCUGAUCCAUAGAGUCUGGAGCUGUCAUCUGCUGUGGCAGUGUCCAAGACUGGUUGCAGACAUCAGGGCCCUUCCUUCCUGCUGGAACAGUGAUCUUUCCUUGCCUGAAGCUGCCAGGAGAUGGGAUUGAUGCAUCUCCCUUCUUCUUUGAGUCUGCUUGGCCAGAAAGUUGAAAAGCCUGAGUUGAAAGCCAGGCUGGACCUGCCUGACUCAGUAGAGGUAAUGCCCAGACUGAGCCCCCUGAGAUGUUCUGCCACCUUUCUUUCUCCAGGCAGUGGAAUGUUGGAUUGCAAUCCUAAAGCCAAUCCUGCAGCUGUCCCCCCUUGGCCCACAGCAAACAGACCCUGCCUGUCUCUGAGCCCCCCACAGUAUCUGGCAGGUUCCAUGGCCUGAUACCUAUUUCACAAAACCUGCAGAGCACCAGAAUUCUCCAUUUUAUCCUCACUUUCACUCCAUGUUCUCCGUUUUGCACCUGUGGCCUAAUAAGCCAGUUUGUUCACAUGCCAGAGCCAGCCAGAAACUUUCCUUCUGCCGGGGUUUUGUAACAGUGUUUGCUCUCAGGGCUGCACAUCCACAAGUGAGCCAGGCUCUGCACGUGGGUCUGCUGUCACCUCACAGCUCUGCCCUGGCACUGCUGGGCUCUGAGGGCCACAUUCCUGCAGCCCUGACUGCCCCCAAAGCCGUGUCGUGCUGUGGGUCACACACAGAGAAUGAAGCAUGGCUGUGAUUGUGGUUGCUCUGGCAAGGUGAUCUCACUGCUCUCCAUGUGAUUCCCAAGGGUUAGGGGCACACCAGCCUGCCUGGUGCAGACUGGGGGAUGCCAAGUGUCCUGUCCCCCAGUGAAAGUGCACACACAGCCACCGCCAGGUCACCACAGGCCUUUGCUGGCCCCACGAUGCCCUGGUCUUGUAGCCAGGGCCAGAACUCACUGUCUCAGUUCACAUGGGGUUCUAAUCAGCUAUU